AUGUUCCACACGCCGGUUACGCCGCACAAAAAGCGACGACCACGUGGCACCGCUGCAAAAUCGGAGUGCAAGAACAACCAAGAUGUGUUACCAUCGUUCAGCUUAAAGGAUGAAGUGCUGGAAAAACCUGAAAAUGCGCAAAGUGCCUGUAGUAAGAGUAAAAAGUCAUCAAAGACAGCAGGCACGUCGUCAAGUACGGCACGCAAACGGCAAUUGGAAUACGAAACCGCUAAAGCUAUGGCUCUCGUGGAAAUACAAGCAGCGGAAGCUGAAGUACAAGCAGCUGAAGCAGAAGCCAAGGUUAAAAGUGCUCGGGCAGAAGCUGUCAAGAUUAAGGCAAAUAUUCAGUCGGAGUUGCUAAAGAAACAGCUUGCUGCUGAGAUGGCUGAAUUGGAAUCUCGAUCACGCUCUUCCCACAAGUCGGCUGUAAAAUCUUCGACCAGCAAAGUUGAAAAUUGGCUUAAUGCCCCAGGAAACCAGCAUGAGGAGAACCGAGAAGAUUACUCCCGUGAAACAUUCGGCCUAGAAAAGCUGGCACAUGCCUUGAAUGAGGCAGUGGCUGCCUCAUCAUAUAAAACACAGAACCAGGAGCUCUUAACAAGAUUAAGAACGUCUAAAGACCUGCCUUUAUUUUUUGGAGAUCCAAUGGAGUGGUUGCAGUUUAAACAGGCGUACCAAGAAUCUACCCAAUUAUGCAAAUAUAGUGACACAGAGAAUUUAUGGCGGCUGCGUAAGUGUCUUCGUGGCGAUGCUAAAGAAGCGGUGACUUCACUCUUGAUUGGUGGAACUACACCCGAGUUAGUAAUUGACACCUUAGAACUUCGAUUUGGCAAACCAGAAACAAUUAUGAGUAAAAUAGUUCUACAGCUAAAAAAGCUAUGUCCGUUGCCGCUAACUUAUCAUAAUGAUAUCAUUAAUUUUGCAAUAAAAAUAAAGAACUAUGUGGCUGCUACCAAAGCAAUGCAACAAAGUGAUUAUCUUCGCAGCCCGGAAUUAGUAUCAAUUCUCGUAUCCAAGCUUCCAACUUUACUUGUCGCAAAAUGGACCGACUACGUUUAUGAACAGCGAGAGUGUAAUUUACCGAAGCUGGAAUUGCUUAGUGAUUUUUUAUACGAGGAAGCCACUAAAACAGCUGCAUCAGGAGUAAGUCAUAUUCACGCUCAAUAUAAUUUAAAGAAGCUCGAUGAACGUAAACACCGUUCACACUCGCUGUUACUGUACACAAAUAGUAAUCAAUUACAAAACGCUGAAAAGUGUAUAUUUUGCCGAAAAGGGGCUCAUGGUGUCUCAGAUUGUUCACGGUUUAAGCGCGCUUUACGCAAAGAUCGCUGGCGAUUUGUACGCGUAAAUAAACUUUGCUUCAAAUGUCUUGCCCCCCGCCAUACGAAUGGUAUGUCUUGUAAUAGCAGUAAUUGCGACAUUGACGGCUGCAAUCAACCGCAUCAUCGUUUACUGCACUGGAUUAAACCAUUGGAAGAAAGCUUAAAAACUGUGGAGCGAGGUGAGGAUGAGCAUCCCAGCACCAAUGAAACAGUGACUCAUACAGUGGCAUCCCACUGUCACAAGGUGCUUUUGAAAGUGGUGCCGCUCACUCUUCACGGACCGAAUGGCAGUUUACAUACGCAUGCACUACUGGAUGAUGGAGCUACUGUGACGGUGAUAUCCUCUGAUAUAGCAGAUGAGCUCGGAUUAUACGGUGAAAACGUGAUAUUGCGCGCGCGCAGCGCAUGGGACUCGGGCGAGCUUGUGUGUGAAUCUCAAGUAGUGAGUGUUAGUGUUACUAAUUCGUAUAACAAAAUGUUUACUUUCCGUGCGCGUAAAAUUAAAGAAUUAAAUUUACCAACACAAAAAGUGCCGAAUAUGUACUUUAAUAAUUAUGGAUUGUUAAGUGAAGAUCUUAUGUUAUGUAAUUGUAACGCUAAGCCAAAAUUAUUAAUUGGUCAGGACAAUCAUCAUUUAAUUACUCCCAUUCGCUGUGUUCGUGGUAAGCGGCGUGAACCGUACAUAACUCAAACUGCGCUUGGAUGGUGUGUGCACGGAUAUAUGGUAAGUGAUGUUAAUUGCACUGAUCGCUUUGUCUCUUUCAUUAAUAGUUGCACCGAAAAGGCGGGACCAUCGCAGUCUGUCUUUCACGUACACACGGUAGGAUCGAUUACUAGCGAUCUCUCUCUCGAUAAUGAUAAUGGUGAAUGUACCUGCGCGCAGUUGCACGAUGCGGUUCGUAGAUCCUUCACGUUAGAAUCUAUUGGAGUAGGUUCGAAGCCGCGCCGCAACCCAGACGAAAUACGCGCUUUACAAAUAUUAGAUGACACUGCAGAAUUAGUACAUGGUCAAUGGACUGUCGGCUUACCGUGGAAAUACGAUGAAUUACAUUUACCCGACUCUUACCCUAACGCUUUUAAUCGGUUAAAGUCAAUAGAAAGAAAAUUUUUGCUCAACAAAGAGUAUGCAACUCGUUAUUGUGAAAGAAUGACAUACUAA